AUGAAGCACUCGAAUCCAAAUUCAAACUCCCCUUACAUCAAUGGCGUACACAUCAAGAACAAGAAGAAACAGGAUCCGCCGCUGUGGAAAUGGAAAGGGUUAAAGCUAACCACCGAUUCAGAGAAGGCAUACUCCAUCUCCGAUUACCUCCACGAAUACGCCCCUAAAGUAGAAGACUCCGUUUUGGGUCCAGGCGCUGGUGCCGGGGUCGGAUGCGGCGCCGGAGUGGGGAUAGGAUUGGUCGGCGGCAUGGGAUUAGGGAAUUCGGCGUGGAAUCAUGUAAGGAUUGCGUUUGGAUUUGGGAUUGGGUGUGGUGUUGGAGCAGGGUUUGGAUUCGGGCAGGGAUUCGGGUUCGGGUCUAGUUGGGAAACCCUGAAAUCUCGGGUUGUGAAACCGAAUCCGGGUUCGAAGAAGAGACUUGUGAUUCAGAUCUGA